CUUAGUAAUGACAAAAUCAGUCCCUUUAAAGUAUACAAGAUGGACAAAAUGGUUUAAGCCAGUUUUUGGCUUGCAUUGUGGCUCUUGGGCUAUUAACAUUUGCUAACACAAAGAUUUCAGACACAAUGAACUUUUCCCUGCAGCACAGCUGAAGCCAUUCUACAAAUACCCUCUCACCCACUGGCUCAGCACCCUUCCUCUCCAGCAGAAAGGUCCUGGGAUGUAAUCCCACCCACAGGCUGCCCUAUAAAAGGCCUAGCUAGAAAACUAUGUUUGUAUUUCUGACUGCUUCUUCCUCCUUCUGUGUGGCAAUGCCUGUGGAUUUCAGCGGAACCUGGAACCUUGUCAGCAAUGACAACUUUGAAGGUUAUAUGGUGGCCUUAGGUAUUGACUUUGCAACGCGCAAAAUAGCAAAAAUGCUGAAGCCUCAGAAAGUGAUCAAACAAGAUGGUGAUUCAUUCUAUAUCCAUACCACUAGCUCAUUCAGAGAUUAUUUGCUUGAAUUCAAAGUUGGAGAAGAGUUUGAGGAAGAUAAUAAAGGCUUGGAUAACAGAAAAUGCAAGAGCCUAGUUACCUGGGAAAACGACAAACUUGUCUGUGUCCAGACUGGUGAGAAGAAGAACAGGGGCUGGACUCACUGGCUCGAAGGGGAUGACCUCCACCUGGAGCUUCGUUGUGAGAAUCAAGUCUGCAGACAGGUCUUCAAGAGAGCUUGAGUGUGUGUGGUGUGCUAGGUCCUGCCUGCAGGGCCAGCUCUGCUCAGGAGCCGUGUCCAGGGAGGGCUCUACCAACAAGAACUGGCUCCUGUACCUAUUAACCUGAGUGGUCUGAAGUUCCUGGCUCAGGAAAUAAGUCUGCUGUUGCCAGUGUUAAAGGUCUGAUUUUUGCUAAUAAAUGCCUCAAACCAA